AUGGCUCCUCUCUCUCUCAAGCUUCUUUUGGUCUAUGCAAAUCUUCUGUUCUCCGCCGCGGCUUCUUCCAGCCCGCAAUGGAACGGCCCCCGCCAAACGUUGCCCUUUGUCCACGACGGACGCGGCCUCGGCUGGGCUCCCCAACCCACCGCAGCGCCCGUCCUGCCCGAGCUUUUGAGGCGACAGGAGGGACCACACACGCUGUGUGGCUACGUCGAUGGAAAUGCAUCUGAACCCGUCCUCUGCCCCGGCGCCUACUGCGGAUACAACACCUUCAACGGAAUUCCCGUGGCCGGCUGCUGUACCAGCACCUACUUGAGCGGCGGAUCCGAUUACCUGACAGGCUGCAACCUUGCAACGACAUGUUUUGAUUAUGGCGCCUGUGAUGCUUCGUGCUCCUCCGCCAACAUGCAGAAUGACUAUGAGACUUGUCUGUCCUCUGCUUAUCCAUACUGUGGCAAGCUCUCCUACACCCAAGAUGGUGCCGUCUCCUUCUUCUGCACAGAUGCCUCUGAUCUCACGUUCUAUGCCGCUUAUGACACCGGGGCAUUGUCGACUAAUUCGCAAUCAACACCGGAAACAACGCCGGAAACAACACCAGAAACAACACAGAACCCCUCGUCUAUUGUUGUCAUCAGCAGCAGCAUCGGCAGCAGUCCCAGUCCCAGUAGCAGCAGCUCUCUCCCAAGCUCCAUCACAGCAUCGCCCGUGCCAUUCACGCAGUCGCAACAGACCACCAGCCCACCGAGUCAGGCUUCGACCACUACGACGACGACUUCAAGUGGCUCCGACAAGCAUCUUUUAUCAGAUACUACGACCAAUGUCAUUUUGGUGUUGACCGCAGUGAUAUUCCUGGUCGUUCUUGUUUGA